AUGUCAGAUAAUAAGGACAACUCAACAAGUAAAAAGGCUCAAAACAAGUCAGCAAAUGUAAAGACAUCUAACAGCAACAACAACAAGAAAAAAGAAUCAAAUGGAAAAUCCAAAUCUAACACUAACCGCAGAUCCGGAAAUAAGAAAGACACGUCUAUGAAUACACCAUCUGUCUCCAAGAAAAAAUUAGAAGAAAAUAACGAAGAAGAAGAAGAAUAUGACGGUGACGAUAUAUGUUUGAUCUGUGCAAGCAAAAUGACAUACGCUGCUUUAUCUCCUUGUCAUCAUAAGACGUGUCAUAGGUGCUCAUUUAGACAAAGAUCUUUGUUCGAAAAGAAAGCUUGCUUAAUAUGUAGGACCGAGAAUGAAACUUUGAUCUUUACUGAGAAUGUUACAGCUACUUAUGAGGAUUUUAUAAAUUAUAAACUUGAUCAAUUUUAUGCAGUUAAUGAGAAAUUUGGUAUUAAUUUUACUUCUUCUGAAGUUGCGAAGGCUACUUUAGACCUACUAAAAUACAUAUGCCCCGUUUGCGAAAGAAACAAUAAGGAAAUUGAAGAUCUUGGAAAUGCCAAGAAAUAUAAUGCUCAUUUGAAACAUGCUCAUAAUAAAUGUAUCUGUACGAUUUGUGUUCACAAUAAUCACCAGUUCCCAAGAGAAUUGAAAAUUUAUACUCAAAAGCAAUUACAGACUCAUCAAUCUAAAGGGGACACUGAAGGGUUCAAAGGUCAUCCCUUAUGUGCAUUUUGUUCAGGUCAAAGAUUUUACUCAGAUGAUGAACUGUAUGUUCAUAUGCGGAAUAAGCAUGAGAAGUGUCAUAUUUGUGAUAAAGUAGAUUAUUCAACCCCUCAAUAUUUCAAAGAUUAUGAUCAACUGUUUGAACAUUUCAAAAACUUCCAUUUUAUAUGUACUUUCCAAACGUGUUUGGACAAUAAAUUUACUGUCUUUAAGGACGAAGUUGAAUUACAAGCACAUAUUCUGAAGGAGCAUGGUGAUGUGGUAAGAGGGAAACCAAAAUUAUUUCAAUCGAAUUUAUCAACCUUUAUGUCUACGCCCUCCACUGUUGUUAGAGAGAACGGGUCAUUAGACUUCAAUAAUCAACCAAGUUUGAUGUCAUCGCCAUCUCUUUCAAGUAUGAGUAACGAUGACGAUGAUGACAAUGACUUACCUGAAAUGAAGCAAUUAAGGUUAGAGGAAAGAGCUAAAUAUUAUUUAGAAAAUGACCAAAAUGCAUUCGAUACAUUCUUAACAUAUAAUACCCAAUAUGACAAGGGAUACCUUUCUGCCCAAGCCUUAUUACAAUCAUAUAAGGAAUUGUUCAAAACUCCCCAAUCCGAUAUAUAUCUAUUAACUAAAAAUUUAGCCAAGACAUAUUCCAAAGACUCCAAAAAGCAUAAGGAAUUGUAUGCGAUCUUUGAAGCCCAUGAACAAAGGAUGUACAUUCAAAAUGAAUUGCCAUCACUAACUAAUUCUUCGUUAUCUUUAUCAGCUAAUAAGCGCUGGACCGGACAAGGUGCAGCACCAAGAGAUGCUCGAAAUAUGUCUUUACCAACUUUGGAAAGGAAAUCAAAAUCGUUUGAUCCAUUUGCCACAACAGUAAAGAAAACAUUAGCUCCCAGAACAGUUGUUAGAACCGUUCGCACUGUAAACAAAUCAGUUGGAGGUCCUAUGGGUAACAGAAAUAACUUAGGUGGGUCAGCAUCCUUAUCUUCAGAAGUUAAAGAACAGUCUUCCUACCCAUCCUUAUCUUCCUUAACUACAACAACUCUUCCUACCAAAAAUGUUGCCAAUGCGAUAUCUUUUACUUCAUCUUCUAGUAACAAAUCAAAGACUCUGCGUGAUCUAAAUUUACCUCAAUUACCUACUCCUAAACCUAAAGUAUAUAUACCACCUGUAAAGAAAACUCACGUUCCAGACCCAAAGAAAUGGGGUGGUGGGAUCGAGAACACUGGGACAUCUUUACAAUCUUCACUAUCGACGUCAUCAUUACCGAGUUUGAACAGUACUGUUCCUAAGGGAAGAAAGGCGAAACAAAAACAAUUAUUGUUCCACAUUGGUGUAUGA